UUUGACUGUGAUAAAAAAAAAUACACAUCACUUUCUGUCCUUUUUUUUUCAUUUUCUUUACACUAUAUCAACAAUGUUCCACCCAUCAAGAGGAGGUGUUAGAGGAGGUAAAGAUCAGUUCAAUUGGGACGAUGUCAAGGGAGAUAAACACCGUGAAAAUUACCUUGGCCAUUCUUUGAUGGCACCUGUUGGUCGUUGGCAGAAAGGCAAAGAUCUUACUUGGUAUGCAAAAGAUGGAAAAGACGAUUCAAAAGCUAAAGCCAACGCUGCUGAAUUAGCUAAAAUUAAGGAAGCUGAAGCUGAAGCUAUGGCUAUCGCACUUGGUGUUCGAAAGAAGAAAACUUUAGAGAGUAAUGUCACUCAAGACGAUUUAAAACAUGCUUUGAACAGAGACGACGAUUCGGAUGAGGGCGAACAACCUGAAUUUGAUUCGUCUGAAAAGGGUUUAGGUUAUGGUAAAGCUAGUCGUUUACAAGGCGCGACUAGUAGCAAUGCUGUGCCGUUAUUAAAUAAUGCUAGAUCAUUUGCCCCAGCACCUGUAGUAAAAUCCGAAGAGCAUGAAGAUGAACAAAAAAAGAAAAAGAAGCAUAAGAAGCACCAUAAACAUAAAAGUGAAAAAAAGAGACGUCGCCAUCAUAGUGACGAUGAGAGUGAACAAGAGGAGCGAUCAAAGCAUCGCCGUAGACAUCGCCGAGAUGAAUCUCCAGAGAGACGUUCUCGAAAUCGCUCACCAGAAGAACACAGACGCCGUCGUUCACCUGAAGAUAGCAGACGACAUCGCUCACCAAUCUAGAGAUAGACGUGGCUCUUCUGCAGAUAGAUAUGGCUCGCCAGUCAAUAGAAGCAGAGCGAAGCAAGAAUAUUUUUCUCCAAGAAAAGAUAUCUUGGAUGACGAUAAGCGUAGUAUCAAGGAUGAGAAACGUAGUUUCAAGGACGAUACUCGACCCUCUUGUAGUUAUAGUGACAGACGUCCCCGUGAUUCACCAUCCCCCAG